ACAGACACGUCAGGUUGCUUCUUGCAUUCUGGAUUUCGAAGCUGCAGGAGAGUGAGAGCAAAGAGAGGCAAAAAAUCUGCACAUCAUCUGCCCAGAGAGUGCAAACCUUACUCAAAGCACGGCAGCCACAGAGGACCAUGGCAUUUGCAGGGAUGUUGAGCGACGAGGACAUUAAGGCUGCAGUCCAGGCUUGUCAAGCUCCGGGCACAUUCGACUUCAAGUCGUUCUUUGCACAAGUGGGACUGACCUGCUCAACCGAGGCAGACAGAAAAAAAGUGUUCACAGUCCUGGACCAAGACAGGAGUGGAUACAUUGAGGAGGAGGAGCUCAAACUGUUCCUGCAGAAUUUCUCUCCAGAGGCCAGGGAGCUGACUGUAGCAGAGACCAAGGCUCUGAUGGCUGCAGGAGAUAAGGACGGCGAUGGCAAGAUUGGGAUGGAAGAGUUUUGUGAGCUCCUGAAAUAAAGAGAAUAAGCACACAUGAUCGUGGCUGUCUUCCCCCAUUUUCAACAACGGAUUUCUUAUGGAAACUCUGACUUUCCAGAAUAUUUGAUGCAAUAACCAAAAACCUUUGAAAUUCUGUACCUGCCUGCUGCUUUCCCUGUUGAUGUGAUAUGAUAAUACUUAGUGUGUUGAGGAACUGACAUUAAAGCUGAAUAGUGAAUAUGUGUGUAUGUUAAAUUACCUGGGUACCUGGAAUG